CUCUCUCUCUCCCUCUCUCGUAAAUUAGUAAACAAAUAUUUUCUUGAAAAAGAAAAUUACCUGAACUUUCAGAUGGAGAUAGACUCUUGGAGCACUGAAAGUCCAAAUAUUAAAGUUAAUGUGGAGAAAAUUUUACCUCUAAUAUAUUAUGGUUCAGGGCACUGAAACUAGGACCUCUUAUAGGCAGUUCUUGUGCACUACUGCUGUGUAUCUUGUUUUUAAUAUAAUCUAUUUACUUAUACUUUUUAUAUACUUUAAAUUUUUUUAAAUUUUUCCUUUUAUUGUCCUUGUUUUUUAUUGUUGUUAUUGAUGUCAUCGUUGUUAGAUAGCACAAAGAAAUGGAGAGAGGAGGGGAAGACAGAGGGGGAGAGAAAGAUACACACCUGCAGACCUGCUUCACCACCUGUGGAGCGACUCCCCUGCAGGUGGGGAGCCAGGGGCUCAAACCGGGAUCCUUACUCCAGUAAGCGCCACUUGCGCUUAACCCACUGUGCAACCAUCUGACUCCCAUACUUUUUUUUUUUUCCUCCAGGGCUUUCGCUGGGACUUGGUGCCUGCACUAUGAGUCCACUGCUCCUAGAGGCUAUUUUUUUUUUUCCUUUUUGUUGCCCUUGUUUAUCGCUCUUGUCAGUAUUAUUGUUGUUGCUAUUGCUGUUGUUGUUGGAUAGAACAGAGAGACAUCAAGAGAGAAGGGGAAAAGAAGAAUAGACACCUGCAAACCUACCUCACUGCUUAUGAAACGACCCCCCUGCAGGUGGGAAGCCAGGAGUUCCAAUUGGGAUCCUUGAGCUGGUCUUUGCACUUGGCACCAUGUGCACUUAACCCACUGUGCUACUACCUCUGCUCUCCCCACCCCCAUUAAAGCAUUGCUUAGCUCUGCUGGUUCUGUGGAUUGAAUUGGGAUUUGGGGGCUUCAGGCAUGAAAGUCUUGCAUAACCAUUAAUUAUCUCCAUGGUCCAACAUAUGCACUUUCAUAGUUUAUAAUAAUAGCUGUGUUUUUCAGUUGGCUCCAAAACAUGCCUGAGAUUUUAACCACCAUAAGCUGGUUUCAGUAGUCUGCUGUGACUAACAGAAGACUACAUUUCCCAUAAGCCUCUUCUUCUAGCUCCUACCCUCAGUUCAGAAUGCUGUUACCAUGGAGAUGGUCAACAGAUGGUACAGGCUGACCUGAGUUUGGUGAGGAGGGAGCAAAGGGGAAGGAGACUGUUGACAGGAGAAUUUCAUCCCUGGUCCUUCCAAGGAAGAGACAUCUCUCCAGACAGCCAGGAGAUCCUGAAGCAGCAUGGAAGUUCUGAAGGAGAAAGUGGAGGAGGAGGAGCAGGCCGAGCGAGAGGAGGCGGCAGAGCGGGCCGAGAGGGCUGAGAGGGGGGAUAAGGUGACGAGGUCAAUGGAGGUGCGGAAGGAGGAAGCCAUCUUGUCGCAGGAGGAGGUCGAAGACCUGGAAAGGAAGCUGUCAGCCAUUGAUAUAACUGUUCCCGAGAUGCCCUUGGACAGCAAGGACAUCAGUGACACCUCCAAGCUGCCCCUUGCCUACCAGAGCAACACACCCAAGGAGAAGCAGCUGCUGCAGGUGGCAGACAACUUCUCCCGCCAGUACAGCCACCUGUGCCCUGACCGUGUGCCCCUCUUCCUGCAUCCGCUCAACGAGUGUGACGUGCCUAAGUUCGUGAGCACAACGAUCCGGCCCACGCUGAUGCCCUACCCUGAGCUCUACAACUGGGACACCUGUGCCCAGUUCGUCUCUGAUUUCCUCUCCAUGGAGCCCCUGCCUGAUCCCCUCAAACCGCCCCUGUACCUGUACUCCUCCACCACGGUGCUCAAGCACCAGAAGGGGAACUGCUUUGACUUCAGCACGCUGCUUUGCUCCAUGCUGCUGGGCGCUGGCUAUGACGCCUACUGCGUCAGUGGCUAUGGUUCCAAGGACCUGUGCUACAUGGACCUGACGAGGGAAGUGUGCCCACUCACCACCAAGACUGAGGAGGUGGUUGUGGAGAAGGAAAAGACAGCCCCGAAAAAGUAUGCCAUCAAACCCCCCAGGGACUUGAACAGCAAGUUCGAGCAGGAGCAGGAGGAGAAGAAGCGGGAGCAGAAGAAGGCUGAAGAGGAGAAGCGGCAAAAGGAGGAAGAGGAGCGCCUCAUGGAUGGGGAUAAGGGAAACUUCGACCCUCUACACGGCCUGCGGGUACACUCCUGGGUCCUGGUGCUGUCGGGGAAGCGUGAGGUGCCUGAGACCUUCUUCAUCGACCCAUUCACGGCACACAGCUACAGCACCCAAGAUGAGCACUUCCUGGGCAUCGAAAGCAUCUGGAACCACAAGAACUACUGGGUCAACAUGCAGGACUGCUGGAACUGCUGCAAGGACAUGGUCUUUGACCUGGGAGACCCUGUGAGGUGGGAAUACAUGCUACUGGGCACAGAUAAGCCACACCUGUCGAUGGUCGAGGAGGAGGAAGAUGAAGGGAUGAACGAUGAGGAUGAUAUAGAAAACCUGGGCAAGGAGGAUGAGGACAAGAGCUUUGACAUGCCGGCCUCGUGGGUGGAGCAGAUAGAGAUCUCCCCGGAAGCCUUCGAGACCCGCUGCCCCAACGGGAAGAAGGUGAUUCAGUACCGGAAGGCGAAGCUGGAGAAGUGGGCCCCAUACCUCAACAAUAAUGGCCUGGUGUCCCGCCUCACCACUUAUGCCGACCUGGAGUGGACUGACGUCCUAGAGAUAAAGGAGUGGUACCAGAACCGAGAGGACAUGCUGGAGCUGAAACACAUCUACAAGACCACGGGCCUGAAUGUGGACUACUUCAAGCCUGGCCACCCGCAGGCUCUGCGCGUGCACUCCUACAAAUCCAUGCAGCCUGAGAUGGACCGUGCCAUGGAGUUCUAUGAAUCGGCACGUGUGGAUGGUCUAAUCAAGCGGGAGGAGACCCCCAAGACAAUGACAGAGCACUUCCUUGGGCGCUCUGACUUCCUCUCCUACCGCCACAUCAAUUUUGGGCCCCGAGUCAAGAAGCUGCCUCUCAACAGCCCAGAAUCAAACCCAAGACCCGUGGUGAAAAUCACAGAGCGAUUCUUCCGCAAUCCAGAGAAAUCUGCGGAUGAGGACGUGGCGGAGCGUGUGUUCCUGAUCCCGGAAGAGCGCAUCCAGCUGCGCUACCACUGCCGGGACGACCACAUCACUGCGUCCAAGCGCGAGUUCCUGCGGCGCACCGAGGUGGACAGCAAGGGCAACAAGAUCAUCAUGACGCCAGACAUGUGCAUCAGCUUCGAGGUGGAGCCCAUGGAGCACACCAAGAAGCUUCUUUACCAGUACGAGACCAUGAUUCAGCUGAAGAAUGAAGAGAAGCAGUCCAGACAUCAAGCCUGGGAAUCUGAGCUGGAGGUGCUGGAGAUCCUGAAGCUGCGAGAGGAAGAGGAGGAGGCACACACGCUGACCAUCUCCAUCUACGACACCAAGCGCAACGAGAAGAGCAAGGAGUACCGAGAAGCCAUGGAGCGUGUGCUGCACGAGGAACACCUGCGGCAGGUGGAGGCCCAGCUGGACUACCUGGCUCCCUUCUUGGCCCAGUUGCCCCCGGGUGAGAAGAUGACACGUUGGCAGGCCUUGCGCCUCAAGGAUGAGUGUCUCAGUGACUUCAAGCAGCGGCUCAUUGACAAGGCCAACCUCAUCCAGGCCCGUUUCGAGAAGGAGACCCAGGAGCUACAGAAGAAGCAGCAGUGGUACCAGGAGAACCAGGUGACCCUGACGGCUGAGGACGAGGACCUGUAUCUAAGCUACUGCUCCCAGGCCAUGUUCCGCAUCCGGAUCCUGGAACAGCGGCUCAAUCGGCACAAGGAGCUGGCCCCAUUGAAGUACUUGGCUCUAGAGGAAAAACUCUAUAAAGACCCACGCCUGAUAGAGUUCAUGAAAGUCUUCGCUUGAAACUUCUCCUGCCUUUUGGGGAAGUCUUUCUAGGGCAUCAGCGGAAGCUAGCACAGAAAUAAAGUUCCAUUCUACCCCCA